UAGACUUAUAUUUUGUUCAGAUUGAGUUCGAAUUAUGUUAAAGUGUGUGAAAUCAAAAUUAAAUAGCACUGUAAUAAACAAAAAAUAUCUUACCAUGAAAUUAAGUGUACGGAAUGUUGCUAAUAAAUUUCACAAAGAAGGUCAGAUGCCUAUUCGCCUUAAAGGAUUCGAUCAGAUUCCUGGUCCUAAAAGUUAUCCAAUUUUGUACACUUUGUACAAAUAUUUACCAUUUAUUGGUGAUUAUGACGCUGAAGCAUUGGAUAAAAACGCAUGGUUCAACUGGACACGAUAUGGGGGAUUAGUGCGAGAAGUACCAGGUGUUAAUGUACUUCAUGUAUUUGAGCCUGAUGAUAUCGAAGCGGUAUUUAGACAGGACGAUCGUUAUCCAGCUAGAAGAAGUCAUGUUGCAAUGUUUCAUUACCGUGUAAACAAACCGCAAGUCUACAAUACAGGCGGGCUACUUUCGACUAAUGGACCAGAAUGGUGGAGGCUUAGAAGUACCUUUCAAAAAAAUUUUACAGGACCGGAAAGUAUUAAAAGCUAUAUCAAGACUACAGACUGUAUAGUUAAAGAAUUUAUAAAUUGGAUAAAAAGGAGAAAAGUAUCUGCGAAUGAUGAUUUUUUAUACUAUUUAAAUAGACUUAAUUUAGAAGUUAUUGGUGCGGUAGCUUUCAAUGAAAGGUUUCAAAGUUUUGCACCAAGUGAAGAAUAUACUAAUUCUCGCAGUAGCAAAAUUAUAGCAGCUGCUUUUGGUUCAAAUAGUGGUAUUAUGAAACUCGAUAAAGGAUUCUUAUGGAAAUUUUUUAACACGCCUUUGUAUAAGAAACUAGUAGAAUCCCAAGAUUUCUUAGGAAAAGUAUCGAUGGAAAUAUUGCUAAAAAGGGUAAAUUUUUUCGAUGCAAAUGACAUUGAUUCCGACCAAUCACUUCUAGCGUCUUUUCUUUUACAACCAAAUCUAGAUCUAAAAGAUAUAAUUGGUAUGAUGGUCGAUAUUUUAAUGGCAGCUAUAGAUACGACUGCAUAUGCUACAAGUUUCGCUUUAUACCACAUAUCACGAACUCCUAAUUGCCAAGAAAAGUUGUAUAACGAAAUUUCAUCGCUUCUUCCUGAAAAAUAUUCAGAUAUAACGCCAGAAAUAUUAACUAAAAUGACCUAUGUUAAAAGUACUGUAAAAGAAAGCAUGAGACUAAAUCCUGUCUCUAUAGGUAUAGGCCGUUUAUUGCAGAAAGAUAUUGUAAUAAAGGAUUACUUGAUUCCAAAAGGGACUGUCAUUGUAACGCAGAAUAUGUUAGCAUCUCGUUUGCCGCAAUUUGUAAAAAACCCUUUGGAAUUUAAACCAGAGCGGUGGUUGCGAGGAUCACCGUAUUAUGAAAACUUACACCCAUUUUUAACGUUGCCUUUUGGGUUUGGGCCAAGAUCUUGUAUAGCAAGAAGAUUAGCUGAACAAAAUAUUUGCAUAACGUUGAUUAGGGUUCUGCGUGAAUUUGAAUUAAAGUGGAGUGGACAUGAACUUGGUAUACAAACACAUUUAAUAAACAAACCUGAUCAACCUGUGACAUUAUCUUUCAUUAAUAGAUUAACUUGAACAGCGUUUGACUUUCCCUUAUCACAACA